AUGGCCUCACUAGAGGAGAAAUUGGAUCGCAUUCGAACCCCGAAUUUACAAAAUCAGGCACAGACUGCUGUAGUACUAAAUGCCCUCGAAACAUCCUUACGAGAAGACCAUCCUGAUGGACCUCUGACACCCACAGCCUACUUUUCUGCCCUACUUUCUGUCUUGAACCAAUACAUCUCCUCUGACGGAAUACUCAAUCAAUCCCUCGCCGCAGCUGUUGUAUACCUCCUCGACAUCGUAACGCCAUUUGCGCCAGAAGCACUCCUUCGUGCUAAGUUUGCACAAAUCCUGUCGUACCUUGCUCCGGCGAUUACACAUCCUGACGCCGAAGCUCCAUUACUGAAAUCCAGCAUUGGAUGUCUUGAAACCUUGUUAAUCGCUCAGGAUGCGAAUACCUGGGCUGUACCACAGAUCCAGGUCGGUCCGAAGAGAGCGAUUUCGGGCUUGUUGAAUUUGGGACUAGAUCCUAGACCAAAAGUUCGAAAGCGUGCUUUGGACGCUAUCAAGUUGAUUCUUCAGAAUCCGCCACCCACGCCUUCAUUGGACCAUCCAGCUACGGAGCUGUGCGCAGAAAAGUCCUUGACUACACUUGUAGAGUUUGCGAAGCAGGCGCCACGACAUGGACAACAUGAUCCAAAGACUAUACACGCGCUACAGCUGGUUCGGGCUGUCGCUACUGCUUCUGGAUGGCCGUCGAAGCGUAUUGAACCGCUUGUUGAGGUUUUGCUUACGAUUGCGAAGUCUACGAAUGAGCUUAUGACGAUUUCUUCACUUGAUGUGUUUGAAGUAAUCUUCUCAAGUCUUAAGGACUCAAUGGUUUCUGCGAAGCUUCCGCAAUUACUUACGGCAAUAUCUGAGCUGCGACCUUCGGCGAAUGAUAGUCAGUUGUUACCACCCUGGCUUACGGUUAUUGCGCAGGGUUACGGAGCUUCAGCUGAGACCUCGCCAUCAGAGACAUUCGCACAGUUACCAGAGCUUUUUGUGACCAUUUCUUCGUUCUUGGAGAGUUCCGCGUUGAACAUCAGAUCUUCGGCCUCGCAGUGUUUGAUUGCGUUGACGGCGACUUGUAUUCCUUCGGAUAUCUUGAGGAAGAUUGGAAAGAAGGAAGAUAAAAUAUUGAGAGCCAUUGCGGGCACAGUUACAGGCUUGCUCAGUUUGAGGUAUCAGGGUGCUUGGAAGGAAGUUUUUGAUGUGUACAAAGCGCUCUUUGAGAGGUUGAGGUGGAAAGCUUCAUUAUACCUUACAGAUGUUGUCAAGGCUAUUGGAGAGCUACGCGCAAAUGAUGGGUUUAAUGGGAAAAAGGAGGCAGAUGAGGUUCUUAUUGCUGCUGUUAGGGCUAUGGGACCGGAAGACGUUUUGAGGGUUCUACCACUAAACCUACUCAGCUCUACGCCCAAUAACCCUGGUCGAGCAUGGAUGCUACCCAUCCUUCGCGAUGGAGUUCAGAACACAAAUAUCUCACACUUCAAAUCUGAGUUUAUCCCACUUUUCAAGGCACUUUUUGAAAAAGCACAAAGCUUGUCUGCAUCGCAAAAGGAAAAAACCAUGCAAACCAAAGUUUUUGAAACGGUUAUUUCACAGAUUUGGGGUAUUUGGCCUGGAUAUUGUGAUUUGCCGUUGGAUCUUGAGGAAAGCUUUGAUAUGGGGCUUGCGGAGGUUCUUGCGAAUGUAUUGUAUUCGCAUGUGGAGUUGAGGGUUAGCAUUUGUCAGGGAUUACAAGCGAUUGUAGAGUCGAAUCUGGCGAUUUUACAUCUGGCUAAAGAUCCCGAAGGCGGUGACGAUGAGGAUGAAGAAGAUAGUGAAGAGGAUGAUGCGAUUGAGGAGAUCCUCUUGCAAUCAAGGGUUACCAAGGCUGAUGCGAAGAGAAACCUAGAGCACCUCGGAGGGUUUGCGACCAACAUGCUGUUGGUAUUGUUUAACAUCUACAAUGAGACUUUGCCACAGUAUAGAGGGUAUAUACUGAAUUGCGCAGAUGCUUGGUUGAGUAUUACGAAAGAGGAGGAGAUUGCGGGGACUUUCGAUAAGGUCACUGGAGCACUACAUCAAGCUUUGGUAGAUGAAGGGGCGAAGGAGAAGGUGCAAGGCGCCAAUCAACCUAAGAAGACCGGGCAGGAGUUGCCAGCUAUGAGCCAUAAUCUUAUGGAUUUGAUAGUGACCAUCGCGCCAUAUCUACAAGUUGGCAGCUUGCCCGUGUUGUUCAAUGUGGUUAGUUCCUGCGUUGGGAGGAAAGAAGAUGCGCAAAUCCAGAAGAAGGCAUACAAAGUGAUUCCGAGGAUCUGUGAGAGUGAAGUUGGGAAGAAGGUUUUGGAGCAGCAAAUUGCGGAGUUGCAGCAGUUGUUGAGGGGAUGCAAAGAUGCUACGGGGAGCUCGGCGAGAAGGGAUAGGUUGGUCGCUAUUGGCAAGGUUGUGGAGAUGUUGCCUAGGGAGGAUAUGACUUUUAUCUUCGAGAGUUUGGAUGAAGUUAUUCAAUGUGCAAAGGAGGUUAAUGAGAAGGCUAGAGCGACGGCGUUUGAGCUGUUGGUUGUGAUGGGAGAGAAGAUGAAGGGUGGCGGUGUUAUCAAACGUGGGAAAUUGGGGGUUGAGGGGGAAGCGGAUGUAGAGGCUAGUUUGGAGGAUUUCGUGCUGAUGGUUUGUGCUGGGCUUGCGAGCCCUGAGGCGCAUAUGAUCAGCGCGACGGUGACAGCUGUUACAAGGGUUUUAUACGAGUUCAAAGACGACUUGAAGCCCGAAACGGUCUCUGAGCUAGUUACGACUAUGGACGCCUUCUUGACAAGUAAUAAUCGAGAGAUUGUUAGAUCUGUCCUUGGGUUCGUCAAGGUGUCGGUUAUUUCGUUACCAAAGGAGCUUAUGGUCCCUCGAUUGGGGACUUUGAUACCAAAUCUUAUGACAUGGUCACACGAGCAUAAGGCACAUUUCAAAGCGAAGGUCAAGCAUAUCAUCGAACGAAUGAUAAGAAGAUUUGGGUAUGACACUGUGGAGAAACAUGUUCCUGAAGAGGAUAAGAAGUUGGUGAUCAAUAUCAGGAAAACCAGGGAUAGGAAGAAGAGGAGAAAGGCGGAGGCUGGCGAGGCCGGUGAGGAAGAGCAGGAGGAACGUGGAUCGAAGAGGAAAGGGAAGUUUGAGAGUGAGUUUGAGGAAGCUAUUUAUGGAAGUGAGAGUGAAGAUAGCGAAGGAGAUGAUGAGGGGGAUGUUGAUAUGGAGCGGGGAGGAGCAGGAGGGGGAGGGGACAGAAGGAGAAAGAAGGGACACCAGCAAUUCAUCGUUGAGGAUGAAGAAGAGCCCUUGGAUUUGUUGAACAAGAACGCGCUGGCAAAUAUCAGCUCCACAAGACCGCAGGCGAGGGGUAAGAAGGUCAUCAAAUCGGAUAUCAAGACAAACCGGUCUGGAAAGUUCGUUAUCGGGAAGAAGGAUGGCGAUGAUGAUGGUGAUGAUGAUUUUGAGGAGCCGGAGUUAAAUAUCAAUGAUAAGACCAUUGCGAGCGGGGAAGUCAGGGAUGGGAUCAGUGCUUACAUCCAGGCAUUGAAGGGCAAGGAUGCGGUUCAAAGGGGACAGAAGGGACGAUUGAAGUUCAGCAACCGACGAAGGAAGGAUGAAGUUGACGACGACGACGAUAUGGAUAUGGAUGAUGCGGAUACAACCAAAACAACAUCGUCAGGCAAAAGGCCGAAUCAUAAUAACGACCGUCAACAACAUCAAAAGAGGGGAAAUAAGCACGAGCGAAAGGCGUCAUUUGGAAGGAAAGGUGAUAGCGGAAGGGUGCAGAAGCCUCCCAAGAGCCCGUCAUCAUCAUCGUCAACUUUCAAGCAGCGAGGGGGCGGGACAGCAAGCAUUGGCAGGAAGAAGUUCUAA